GGUCGCCAGAAGACAGUCCCUGUUCGAUGUUGAACCAAGUCAAGUCGUUGUGACAUUAAAAAUUCUAUCUUGAACUUUGUUAUCCCCGGACAUCCAUCAACGUUUUCGUGACAGAAAGAGCCAUUUGAAGAAGUCUUUGUAAAAUAACGAGGCGGGAAAGAAAGAAACAUGCCAGCACCAACGUCAGAUACGGCUGGACCAGGAGAGGGUGGUCCUCCUCGAACGGAGCUCCAAGAGUUACAGUUAAAAGCUGAUCAGACAACUGAUGAAUCCUUGGAGGCGACAAGGCGUAUGCUGGCGCUAUGCGAGGAGAGCAAGGAGGCCGGCAUCCGCACUCUGGUCGCACUCGACGACCAGGGAGAGCAAUUGGACCGAAUCGAAGAGGGAAUGGAUCAGAUCAAUGCAGACAUGAGAGAGGCAGAGAAAAAUCUCACGGGAAUGGAAAAAUGUUGUGGCCUUUGCGUGCUGCCUUGCAACAAGGGAGCGAGUUUCAAGGAGGAUGAAGGAACGUGGAAGGGUAAUGACGAUGGAAAAGUUGUGAAUAAUCAACCACAGCGAGUGAUGGACGAACGUAAUGGACUUGGACCUCAAGGUGGUUAUAUUGCUAAAAUCACUAAUGAUGCUCGUGAAAAUGAGAUGGAAGACAAUAUGGGUCAGGUUAAUACAAUGAUUGGAAAUCUAAGAAAUAUGGCUAUUGAUAUGGGAAGUGAACUCGAAAAUCAGAAUCGUCAAAUUGAUAGGAUCAAUCGUAAAGGUGAAUCAAAUGAAACACGAAUACAAGUGGCAAACGAACGAGCACAUCAAUUACUUAAAUAAGCAGUUGAAAAUCGUCAGAAGUAUAUUAAACAAAAAUUUAUUUUAUUCCCAUAUCCAGCCUAUUCGCUAAAUUACAAAAAAUUAUAACCAGAGAAUGAUCAGAUUAAGAUUCUCUGUGUAUGUAAUUGAAGUUUUGUGCAUCAUCCAUCAUGUUUGCAAUAUGCAAAUCGAGAUAUUUGAUUGAUAGUUUAGAUUUUCUGGGAUCCAAUCCAUUUAUAGUUAGAUAUUUUUGACUUGAAGAUUCAUUAGAACAUUCAUUAGAAAUCAGAUUAAAGUUUGAAUAUUCAAGUAUUGGAUUAAAUUAACAGUUAACACCAUUAAAAAGGAAAACAAAUAAAUUAAUAAACGAAUAAAAACAUAUGAACAUACACCCAAACCUAAACAAUCAUAAGCAUACAAUACAUCAUAAUAUAAAUCUCGAUUAUUGCAUUUAUUGUUGUAAAACAUUUAUUAUUAUAUAUAAAGUAUUAUUAUAAUCAGUUUUAAAAUGUGUUAGAUUUGCAUAUUAAUAAUUAUUAAUUUAUCUAUUUAUAUUGUCAUUAUAAAAGAAGAGACAAAUAAUGCUGUUGCUUAUUUUAUAAAAAUAUUAAAUAAUUAGUUAAUUAGUAAUUAAUUAUGCACAAAUUAAUCUAUAAAUUACACGAAGUUUAUGAAAAUAUUGUCGAUGGGAAUAAAGAGAAAUUGUCGUGGUAACAUUAAUAAAAUUACGUUGCCUUGUGUACAGAAUGUUCUAUUGACCAUUGAAUUCUAAAGAAUGAAAUAUAAAAUAGAAUUAUUGUAAAUCAUAAAAUAUGUUAUCUUUUUUUUUACCAUAAUCAUAACUAUAAUAGCUGUGCUUGUGUUAAUUUAUGCAUUCCAUUGUGUUUUUCCUGUUUUUUAUUUUUUGAAACUAUGGUACGCUCGUAGUGAAGAUGACUGUUGUGAAAUAUAUUGCAAUAAAUAGUUAAAAAAAUUUUUGAAAAAAAAACCUGCUUCAAAAAGCAGAUUAACGGCGCUACCGUAGAAAUUCACGUAUUUAAUCUCCCUCGUGUAUGCUGUCUUCAUUUAUUAUCUUGCACAUUACAUAAUAAAUAAUAAUAGUAAUAAAAGUAAUAUUAAUAAUAAUGGUGAUGAUAAUGAUGAUAAUGAUGAUGAUAAUUAUUGAAAUCAGAUGAAAGAUAAAUUAUUUAAGAAAGAAAAAUCAUUGAGUACCUGUCUUGUGUGAAUUGUACAGAAUAUUUGCUUUUGAAAGAUACUUAUGACAGACAUAUCGAUUUCGAUACUGUAAAAUGUGACGGUGAACUCGAUUUUGUACAACACGUGAAUGUCUACGUUUAUCGAAUAAAAGAUUCAAUGUAUUAUUAAAUGAAUUCAACGCGUUAAAGUAGAUUUAAUUUUUCUUAAACUAAUUGAACAGAUUGUGAAUAAAUGUAGAUAUGAACAAACUAACAAAAAUGAUAAGGAAGCAACAAGCACUAGAACAAUUCAUAAAAUUUUCUCAUUUUUUCGUAGUGAUUCUAAAAAUAAUUGAUAGUAUAUUUAAUAAAAAUUAACUAAAAACAUAAAAUAAAAUAAAGAAAGCAAACGAGGGGGAAAAAUUUGUUCCACUGGUUGCGGGCAAAUAUGAACAAUGUGCUGCGCACGGUUCCACUUAAUUAUAAAUUUUGAUUAAUAGUCUUAUUUAUAGACUAUAUUACGUAUUAUAUUAUCAACUUUUAUUCCUAAUCCUACGUAAAAUGUAUAAUAACGUAAUGAAGUGAGAUUGAAAAUGCCUAUGUACUUUGGAUCUUGAAGAAUAAUAAACUGCUGUGACAUGUAAA